AUGCAGCCGAGCAGGGGAACAUGGAGAUCUGGCAAUUACUCCUCGCCCACAGGCUAUCACUCGGCCACAGCCCUGCAAGCACCCCAGACGAGUACCACGGACGUACCCCCACUCAGCUGGGCAGCUGGCGGUGGCCAGGCCGCAUUUGCCGAAUAUCUGAUCAAGCAGGGAGCGAAUGUCCGCGUAAAAUGCAUGGAUGGACGGACUCCGCUCAGCUAUGCGGCCGAGAUGGGCCAUAUUGCCAUGGUGCAGCUGCUGCUUGAUUAUGAAGAUCACUCCACCGAAGACAGAGACGGCCUCGUGGCUCUGCAUUAUGCCGCCUUCGAAGGGCACGAAGAUAUAGUGCGGCUGCUCGUAUCCCGUGUCGCGAAUGCGCAUUACGGUGGGACCGAUUGUAUGUGGAAGGCGGCACCGUCCCCGUUGAUGGAGGCUGCUCGAGGCGGGCAGGUGGCGAUCGUGAAGAUGUUCCUGGAGAUGGACGCAGGACUUAACGGUUGCGAUGGGACGGGGAUGAGAGCUCUGCACUAUGCUGCGCGGGCGGGCUACGGGGAGCUGUUGAAAGAGAGCGAAUGCCAUUCCCCGAGUUUCAUCUUUGGACAGCAGGGUCCUGGGUGGUAUUAG